AUGUCUGACCUACAAGCAGAAGUUUCAAAGAAUUUAAUUGACUCUCCGUCACCUCUUAGCCUAAAGAUUAAUCAUUGGUUUGCAGUUUCAGCAUGGAAAUGGUGUACUAACGAUGAUGACUGUGGUAUUUGUCGGAACGCUUUUGAAACAUGUUGUGCAGAUUGUAAACUCCCAGGUGACGAUUGUCCUCUUGUUUGGGGUCAAUGUAAUCAUUGUUUUCAUAUGCAUUGCAUUAUAAAAUGGUUAAAUAGUCAGCAAAUGGCUCAACAUUGUCCUUUAUGUAGACAAGAUUGGCGGUUCCGAGAAUAA